AACGACUUGUAUUUUCAAUAAUAUAACUAUCGUAUCUUUUUUGUCAUAAAUCCAACAAUCAUAUCAUUUUUCAUUUAUGAUUCUAUAGGAUGGCAACCGGUCAGAUUUUCUCAAAUUUUGUGCACAAGUUCUUAAUUCUAAACUCAAUUAUUAUAGUGAUAUAAUUUCAAACUUUAAGCUAAUCUUGACAUUUGAUCUACCAACUCUUAUACUUGAUCCCACCCUAUUAAUGGUGUCCAAAACCUUUUCUAUUAGAAUCAAUUUUGGUCAAAUACAGUUGGGUGGGAUAAUUUUACCAUGAAGUUCCAUUGGGUUCCAUCUUAAAUGAAUUACACAUUUGCCCAUGAUUGCAAGAUCUAAUUCUUUUGGGUGGUUAACCUAUUUACAGGGUUGUGAUGCAUCUAUACUCAUUGACUCAACACAGACUACGCAAUCGGAAAAAGAUGCCGGCCCGAACCAAUCUGUUCGAGGAUUCGACCUCAUUGAUGAGGCCAAGUCAAACCUUGAGGCUGCCUGCCCUGGAACCGUCUCCUGCGCCGACAUCAUAACCCUGGCAACUCGAGACUCGGUAGUCCUAGCCGGUGCGCCCAACUACACGGUCCCAACCGGAAGACGUGACGGUUUGGUCUCCAACCCGAACCUCGUGAACUUGCCAGGCCCAUCCCUUUCUGUCUCACAAGCACUCCAAUUCUUCACAGCCAAAAAACUCACUCUCAAUGACAUGGUCACCCUUUUGGGUGCACACACUGUUGGUGUUGCUCAUUGUGGGUUUUUCCAGAAUCGGCUUUCUAAUUUCCAAGGAUCAGGCAAACCCGACCCAACAAUGGACCCAACCCUAGUUUCUAAGUUGUUCAAGCUUUGUGGGACCCAAUCGAGGCCUUUGAGUCAGGACCCAACUGCAUUUUUAGAUCAAAACACGUCUUUCAUAUUCGAUAAUGAGUUCUACAAUCAAAUUAAGUUGAAGAGAGGUGUAAUGCAGAUUGAUCAAGAGCUUGCCUUGGAUAAAGCUAGUGCUCCUAUUGUGUCGGGUUUUGCGAGCAAUGGGAUUGGAUUCCUACAAGGUUUUGCAAAGGCCAUUGUGAAGAUGGGGGGAAUUGAAGUUCUUGUUGGAAAUGCAGGUGAAAUUAGAAAGAAUUGUAGGGCUUUCAAUUGAGGAAAGCAAAAGAAAUCCAUCGCCAAGUUCAGAAAUUCCCUUAUUUUUGUGCUCCAAACAUCAACGGAUUAUUUUUCAAAUUACCAACAUUUAGUUCCUAUAUUGAAGUUUGUUUCUUCAAAGUCCAAAAAGACUUAUGUUUGAGCGUGCCUAGUGUAUUCAAUUGAAUUGAUGAAUAUAAACUUUCCAUAAUAAUCUAAGGAUUAAUUGUUCUUUAUAA